CAUUAUUAUCUGAGAGUAACUUAGGCGCAGGUCGCCUGCGCUUAAACAUUAUGAUGGAGACGUUUUUAAAACUUACAUUAAUUUCACUUGUGUAUAAUAUUGGAUCUCAUGGACAAGAAGUUAACGACAGGUACUACCCACGUUACCACCUGGCUCCGCCCUACGGGUGGAUGAACGAUCCCAACGGAUUUUGCGUCUACAACAACGAGUACCAUCUCUUCUACCAGCACAACCCUAACAGCAGCUUGACGUCCACGCUCGUGCACUGGGGUCAUGCCAAGAGCCCAGACCUCGUCAGUUGGGAACACCUCCCCAUUGCCAUGUACCCUGACCAGUCGUACGACGCAGGUGGAGUAUUCUCCGGAAGUGCGCUAGUUGAAAAUGAUACUAUGCACAUAUUCUACACCGGAAAUGUAAACUUAGAAGGACAACCUGACCAUGCCAAUCGGCAAGCUUACGCAACGAGUACAGAUGGAGUCACUGUUACUAAAUACGCAAGUAACCCAAUCAUUCCCGGUGAAGACCGCCAGCCAAAUUUCCGUGACCCCAAAGUUUGGAAACACGAAGAUACGUACUACAUGGUCUUGGGAAAUUCCUACAAUAACGACAGCUUAGGUCGCAUUCUUCUGUACUCCUCCACUGACAAGAUAAAAUGGAACGAAGUGUCUGUUCUUGACCAAUCUACCGGCACCCUUGGCUACAUGUGGGAAUGCCCUGAUUUCUUCGAGCUCGACGGAAAAUAUGUACUUCUAUUUUCUCCACAAGGUGUUGCAGCCCAGGGGGAUAAAUACAAAAACUUAUACCAAACGGGUUAUAUUCUUGGAGAUUUUGAUUACUCGACUCUUAAAUUUACUCCUACAUCUGAAUUCAAGGAACUCGAUCAUGGUCACGAUGUGUACGCAACUCAGACUGUACUGGACAACCAUGGUCGCAGAAUUGUGAUUGCUUGGUUUGAUAUGUGGGACCAAAAUUACCCGGAACGCUACGAUGGCUUUACUGGUUUCAUGACCUUACCUAGAGAAUUGAAGCUUUCUUCAGAUGGAACUAUUAUUCAGAAGCCAGUGGAAGAAAUGUCUAGAGCCCAAGGGCGCAGUUUGAUCCCCGGAAGAGGGCAAAGGGGAAGCUCAAGAAUUUAUACUCUACGAAACAAAGCUGGAGAAAUUAAUGUUCGUGCCGAUGCUUCCAAUAACCUUAAUUUAUACAUAGAGUCCGGAUCUGUGAGGGUGACUCUAUCUUACGAUGCAGCCAAUGGCCAGGUGACGCUAGACCGUGGAGGCACCGACGGUGUUCGUCGCACAGAAUGGAAACCUUCAGGGCAGUUGAAAUGGAGAAUCUUUGUGGAUGCGAGCUCUGUUGAGUUGUUUUGUGGGGAAGGCGAGGUAACUUUCUCGAGCCGAUUCUUCCCUGAUGGUCCUAUCAAAGUUCGCUUAGGACAACAGUCGAGGGCUGAACAUGUUAGCGUUCAUGAGAUAGUGCGCACUGUCCCUCACGGUGGAUAUGGUAACGAGAGAUGGCACGUUUGUGUUGGAGGUUAAUAUGGCCAUUUAAUAUUUGGUUUGUGAGUAUCGCAGAUAAUUAUCUUUAUAAAUAUGUAUGUAGUACCCAAAGAAUCGUA